UUUCUAUCCUACUUGUACAGCCCCCGCCUCUACAACCAUACCCCGUUCUUCGAAUACCUUCAGAGCUCCCAUUGCAUACACUUCGCGAUGGAAGUUGAUCUAGCCGACGAGACUGCGCAGCAGUCCCAUUUCAAUGGGGCUCUGUCGUUACCCGAUGCGCGAACCGAUUUGACCAAGACCAGCGCAAAUGCUGCUCUAUUACGGAAAAGGAAAGAGGCAGAGCUGGCGUAUGGUCGAGGUCGAAAGAUUCCUGGUACGUCUUUUGAAUGCGCCUUGUUUGGGUUGCCUAUACUAUGAACGAGUGUGACGCUUGUUUGGCGGGACACCACCCAAGCUGCUAUAACAUAUUCUAAUAGAUUUUAUACUGACUAUCAACAGUGAAGGCAAUAAAGGACAAAAAGCUCAGAGGGAACAUGAAGGCUUUGGAGGGCAAAUACAAAGAAGCCACCCUCAAACUAAAAGACUCUGAGAUUCUUCAUGAAAAUACCGGUGGAUUCCUCGAGCCCGAAACGGAACUCGAACGAACAUACAAAGUGCGACAGGAAGAUAUUGUAGCAGAUGUACCCAUAGAGACCGCAAAAAAGAGAUUUGACCUCAAAUUGGAUACACUUGGUCCGUAUGUUUGCGACUAUACGAGGAAUGGCCGAGAGCUUUUACUUGCUGGGAGGAAGGGCCAUGUUGCUACCAUGGAUUGGCGGGAAGGGAAAUUGGGAUGCGAAUUACAGCUUGGGGAAACUGUGCGGGAUGCAAAAUGGCUGCAUAAUAAUCAGCUAUUUGCUGUUGCGCAGAAGAAAUAUGUCUAUAUAUACGACCGCGCUGGUGUGGAAUUGCAUUGCCUGAAAAAGCAUAUUGAAGUUACAAAUAUGGAGUUUCUGCCAUACCACUACCUUCUGGCAACUGUGGUAAGUACAAUUCUUUAAUUCGGAUAAGUAAUCAUUGCAUUACUGACGUUUUCUAGGGGAAACCUGGAUACCUCAAAUAUCAAGAUGUUUCUACUGGUCAAAUAAUUAUCGAAAUACCCACCAAACUUGGUUCACCUACAGCUCUCACGCAAAACCCGCAUAAUGCAAUCCUUCAUAUGGGUCAUCAGAACGGAACUGUAACUCUAUGGUCACCCAAUUCCACAACCCCGUUAGUAAAGCUACUUGCACAUCGUGGCCCUGUACGGGCUGCAGCAGUCGAUCGGGAAGGUAGAUAUAUGGUUUCAACUGGCCAGGAUUUGAAAAUGUCAGUUUGGGAUAUUCGAAUGUUUAAGGAAGUCAACAGUUACUUCACCAGAACGCCAGCAUCCUCGGUUGCAAUAUCGGAUCGUGGGCUCACGGCAGUCGGGUGGGGUACUCAAACCUCUGUGUGGAGAGGAUUAUUCACAAAACAUGCCCUAGAACAGGAGAAAAUCCAAAGUCCAUAUAUGGGAUCGGGCGGAGAAGGAAAGAGGAUAGAGAGGGUAAAAUGGUGUCCAUUCGAGGAUCUUUUGGGGAUUUCGCACAACGAGGGGUUUUCUUCAAUCAUCGUUCCAGGAGCAGGAGAACCCAACUUCGACGCACUCGAAGUCAACCCAUACGAAAACACCAAACAACGACAAGAAGCCGAAGUCAAGUCUCUGCUCAACAAGCUGCAGCCAGAGAUGAUUUCCCUCAACCCAGAGUACAUUGGUAAUCUCGAUCUCCUCUCUGCCGAGCAAAGACAGGCCGAGAAAGAUCUGGACAAGAAGCCCGUGGACCCGAUCGCGGAUGUUAAGAAUCGCGGACGCGGCAAGAAUAGCUCGUUGAGAAAAUAUCUGAGAAAGAAGGGAACUAGGAAUAUCAUCGAUGAGAGGAGAUUGAAGAUCGAGGAGCUGAGAAAGAACCAGAGUGAGAAGCAGAAGAGGAGAUUAAAGGAGACUGAGGAAGAACUCGGUCCUGCGCUGGGAAGAUUCGCCCGGAAAGGUGCUUGAGCUUGUCGUUGUCAUUAUAUAGUUCACUGCAGG